CUACAGCAAGAGGGAGGGAGGAGGCCUGCUUGUCCGAGAUUUUGAAGGAGAGUUGAUCGUGAGACAGUGGUGCGAAGUCACGGGUGCACAAUGAGUGACGGGAGUAGCGGAAAUCAGGGGGUAGGGGAAGGGAGCUCGAGAGUUGGAGAUGGGAAAAAGUGUUUUAAGUGUGGGGAGAGUGGGCACUUUGCCCGUGAGUGUGCCGAGUACUGGCAGGCGAGGGCUAGAGGUGUUCCGUUUGUACGAACUCCAUACGCUCCACCGGCAGGAAGGAUGGGGCGAUCCGUGGUGACGACCGACGAGAACACGAGGAGAAGCCGAUCUGCGGAAGGGGGGACGGUGAGGACUGAUAUGGACGAUACCAAUAUCUUGAUGCGGGAGUAUUUGGUGCAGAAGGCGUUAGAAAGGAAGGCGAGGCAGGAAAAAGAAGCAGAAGAGGAGAAGAAGAGGAAGGAGGAAGAAGCGCGCAACGAGAAAGAAAGGAAGAAACUACUAAAGCAGGAAGAACGAUUUCGGAUGGAGGAAGAACGAGACGCUAGAUUGCUGAGGAUUAUCCGAGGGGAGAUGAAGAAAGAUGAAGACGAUUACCGGGCGAGGAUCAGAAAAGGAAAAAGUAAGACCAAAUUGAACAAGAGAGGAGAAACAAUUGAGGAGGAGAAAGAACGGCUUCGGAGAAUGAUAGCCAUGCAGGGUAACAUAGACGAAGAUACGGAUGAUGAAGAGUUGAAGCUGCUCAGACGGAGGGCAGCUAAAUUGGAGAUCAGCGAGAAGAGAAAGAGGGAAAUGGACAAGCUGGUGGGAAAUAGCCCCCCGAUGGUCACUCCUGAAAAGAGAGUGAGCACGAGGUUGACGGAGGAAUCCAAGAAAAGAAUUGACGUUUUGAAGAGCGCGUCGAAGCAAGAGGCAGGAUGCUCCGAUACAAGAAGUUUGAAGAAGAAUGUCGGGAAUUUUAUGAUGCUCUCACUAUCGACGAACUUAAAGAGGCUUGCAAACAUGUUUAAGAACCGUAGAAGGAAGGCGGAUUUGCUGAAACUGGACUUGACGAAAUUGAUGAAGUAUUAUGGAGCUAUCAAGUCCUUUACGACGAAGAGAAGCAAGUCGAAGGCUAGGUCGAUGAUAUCGCGAGUGAUCAAGGAUGUGAGUGGGAUGAGCGUUAGGAAGAGGAUAAUUGCGAAGGUGCAGUUUGACGAUAGGAUUAAGAAGAGUGAAGUUACAAGGAUUGUCGGGAAGAAGUGUGGUGAACUGCAGUUGGUCAAACCAAUGAGGGAAAUGGUGAAACAAAGAGCACGGAUUGUGUGGACUAGAUGCCCGAAUGUUGACGAUCUCAUCCACAAUCACAGAUGCUUUGCGUUGCGUCGUGCGUUCAACUGUGUUUGUUGUGGAACGCCCUUUCGUAGGAAGGAUGAGCACGUACAUUUUCGGAUUGGUGAACUGGACUGGGUUUCAGCGAUUGUGAGGAACGCGAAGAAUGUGCCAAGACAGGACGAUGAAAGACGUGGAGAGAACUUGAGGAAAAAACUUGAAGAAACGUUUCGGGUCUGGGCGAGUGAGUUGGGAAGACCGUGUGGUGAGGUUAGCUUCAGUAUGGAAGAAAUUGAAGGUUGUUUCGCCGACGAGACUGGUCGGAGAUAGAAUGGCAAUCUAAACGAGGUGCAACUGGUGAAGACGCGGCAGCAAGGGUUAGUAUUAGCCCCGCUGGACAGAAAUCCGGGGGAUACUCUGGUGAUGUGUCCAUAACUGUAUACGAGAGGAAUGGAAAAAACUUCUUUUCCAGAAUGACGGGUACAGAGUAUGUGAGAAGGAGGAGAGGGAAGAGUUGCGGAUCGCGAAGGUUGAAUACGAGAGGAGGAACUUGGAUUGCCAUGGCAAGUGGAAUGUGCGAGGAAGGGUCGUGUGUGCCUAUGCGUUACCCAAACAUAAGAACACCAGCAAGUUUCGGCCCAUCUGUCCUACAUUUAAUCAGCCAUCAGUGAAAGUGUGUAAGACGGUGGCACAGGCGAUUAAUUGCCUAUUGUUUUCAUUGCCGGAGUCGAGUAAUUUUAAUC